AGGGGAGGCGGGAAACGGCGUAGUGGCAACCGGGCCGCGCGCUUCUCUCUACCCAGCUGCGGAGAGGUUCCGAAAUGGCGGUGCAGCCGAAGGAGACGCUCCAGCUGGAGGGUGCGGCCGAGGUCGGCUUCGUGCGCUUCUUCGAAGGCAUGCCCGAGAAGCCGACCACCACGGUGCGUCUCUUCGACCGGGGCGACUUCUACACGGCGCACGGCGAAGACGCGCUGCUGGCGGCCCGCGAGGUGUUCAAGACCCAAGGGGUCAUCAAGUACCUGGGUCCGGCAGGAGCAAAGACUCUGCAGAGUGUUGUGCUUAGUAAAAUGAACUUUGAGUCUUUUGUAAAAGAUCUUCUUCUGGUUCGUCAGUAUAGAGUUGAAGUUUUUAAGAACAGAGCUGGGAAUAAAGCAUCCAAGGAGAACGAUUGGUAUUUGGCAUUUAAGGCUUCUCCGGGCAAUCUGUCCCAGUUUGAAGAUAUUCUCUUUGGUACCAGUGACAUGUCAACUUCCAUAGGUGUUAUGGGUGUUAAAAUAUCCACAGUUGAUGGUCAAAGACAGGUUGGAGUUGGGUAUGUUGAUUCUCUACAAAGGAAGCUAGGAAUAUGUGAGUUUCCUGAUAAUGAUCAGCUCUCCAAUCUUGAGGCUCUUCUGAUUCAGAUUGGACCAAAAGAAUGUGUUUUACCAGGAGGAGAGACUGCUGGAGACAUGGGGAAACUGAGACAGGUUAUUCAGAGAGGACGAAUUCUGAUCACAGAAAGAAAAAGAGCUGAUUUUUCCACAAAAGACAUUUGCCAAGACCUGAACCGGUUAUUGAAAAGCAAAAAGGGAGAACAGAUGAAUAGUUCUGUCUUGCCAGAAAUGGAGAAUCAGAUUGCAAUUUCAUCAUUGUCUGCAGUAAUCAAGUUUUUAGAGCUUUUAUCUGAUGAUUCAAAUUUUGGACAGUUUGAACUGACUACUUUUGACUUCAGCCAAUACAUGAAGUUGGAUAUUGCAGCAGUUAGAGCCCUUAACCUUUUCCAGGGUUCUGUGGAGGAUACAACAGGCUCUCAGUCUUUGGCUGCAUUGCUGAAUAAAUGCAAAACCCCUCAAGGACAAAGACUAGUUAACCAGUGGAUUAAGCAGCCUCUCAUGGAUAAGAACAGAAUAGAGGAGAGAUUAGAUUUAGUGGAGGCUUUUGUAGAAGAUGCAGAGUUAAGGCAGAGUUUACAAGAAGAUUUGCUUCGUCGAUUCCCAGAUCUUAACAGACUUGCCAAGAAAUUUCAAAGACAAGCAGCAAACUUACAAGAUUGUUACCGACUUUAUCAGGGUGUAAAUCAACUCCCUAAUGUUAUACGGGCUCUGGAAAAACAUGAAGGAAGACACCAGGUAUUAUUGUUGGCAGUUUUUGUGACUCCGUUUAUUGAACUUCGUUCUGAUUUCUCCAAAUUUCAGGAAAUGAUAGAAACAACUUUAGAUAUGGAUCAGGUGGAGAACCACGAAUUUCUUGUAAAACCUUCAUUUGAUCCUAAUCUGACUGAAUUAAGAGGAGCAAUGAAUGACCUAGAAAAGAAGAUGCAGUCCACACUAACAAAGGCAGCCCGAGAUCUGGGAUUGGACCCUGGCAAACAGAUUAAAUUGGAUUCCAGUGGACAGCUUGGAUAUUAUUUUCGUGUAACCUGCAAGGAAGAAAAAGUCCUUCGUAAUAAUAAGACCUUUACUACAGUAGAUAUCCAGAAGAAUGGUGUUAAAUUUACCAACAGUGAACUGUCUUCUUUAAAUGAAGAGUAUACUAAAAAUAAAACUGAAUAUGAAGAGGCCCAGAAUGCCAUUGUAAAAGAAAUUGUCAAUAUCUCUUCAGGUUAUAUAGAACCAAUGCAAACACUUAAUGAUGUACUAGCUCAGUUAGAUGCUGUUGUCAGCUUUGCUCAUGUGUCAAAUGCAGCACCUAUUCCGUAUGUCCGACCAGAUAUUUUGGAGAAAGGACAAGGAAGAAUUGUAUUGAAAGGAUCCAGACAUGCUUGUGUUGAAGUUCAAGAUGAAGUUGCAUUUAUUCCUAACGAUGUACGCUUUGAUAAGGAAAAACAGACGUUCCACAUCAUUACUGGCCCCAAUAUGGGAGGUAAAUCAACAUAUAUCCGCCAGACUGGGGUAAUAGUACUCAUGGCUCAAAUUGGGUGUUUUGUGCCCUGUGAGUCAGCAAAAAUAUCCAUUGUAGACUGUAUUUUGGCUCGAGUUGGGGCUGGCGACAGUCAGUUGAAAGGAGUCUCCACAUUUAUGGCUGAAAUGCUAGAAACUGCUUCUAUCCUCAGGUCUGCAACCAAAGAUUCUUUAAUAAUCAUAGAUGAAUUGGGAAGAGGAACCUCUACUUAUGAUGGCUUUGGCUUGGCCUGGGCUAUAUCAGAGUACAUUGCAACAAAGAUUGGUGCUUUUUGUAUGUUUGCAACCCAUUUCCAUGAACUUACUGCAUUGGCCAAUCAGAUACCAACUGUGAAUAAUCUGCAUGUUACAGCAUUAACCACUGAAGAGAACUUAACAAUGCUUUAUCAGGUGAAGAAAGGUGUCUGUGACCAAAGUUUUGGGAUUCAUGUUGCAGAACUUGCUAAUUUCCCCAAGCAUGUAAUAGAGUGUGCCAAACAAAAAGCCCUGGAACUUGAGGAGUUCCAGAAUAUAGGAACUUCACCACAAGGACGUGGUGGAAUGGAACCCGCAGCAAAGAAGUGCUAUCUGGAAAGAGAGCAAGGUGAAAAAAUUAUCCAGGAGUUUCUAUCCAAGGUGAAACAAGUGCCUUUUACUGAAAUGUCAGAAGAAAACAUCAAAAUAAAGCUAAAACAGAUGAAAGCUGAGUUGAUAGCAAAGAAUAACAGCUUUGUAAAUGAACUCAUUUCGCGAAUAAAGCUUACUACAUGAGAAAACGGAGGAGUGAGGGUGAUACGAAUAAGCUACUGUCUGCAAUGCUUUUGUAUUUUAUACUAACACCUUUUCCAUAAUGUUCACUAUCAAUGCCCUGGGAUGAUAUCUUAAUAGACUAUUUAGUAAUAUUUUGUCUGAGUCCAAUUUCAAAGAUCUUUAUUUUGAGAACUGAAAAGUAUUUAAGUGGAUAUGGGCAAUAGUAAACAAUAUGCUGAAUUUUAUAAAUAAAACCAUGUGCUAAUGGAAAUUUGAGAUGUAUUGUAUUUCUUUGCCAUCUGACUUUGUCCUAACUUGUUCUAAUAAAUACUAAGUCCCCAAGGACCUCUUAAAAGUAAGGAAUAUGCCAGUGGCUCAUGCAUGUAAUCCUAGCUACUUAGGAGGCUGAGAUCUGAGAGUAAC